AUCCCAAGGUUAGGGGGUUAUGUGAAAUUUACCCAUUAGAAAAGAGCUUUCCCCAAUUUUACCAGUAACUCCGUCUUCUUCAGACCAAAAGCAAUUUCAUCCUGCCAAACUCUCUCCUUCCUUAUUUUGUUGGCUCUGCUUUGAUGCAAUCCUGAACCAAAGCCGUAUGAGAUUUUGAUGGCGUAAAUGUGAGAAAUUGGGUAAAUAAGUGGCCUAUAUCCUGCAUAUCAUUUUUCUCAGCUCACUGAAAUGGGUGGUAUACUUGGAAGAAGUGAUUCAAAUAAGCAAAGCUCGCCAGUGUCAAAGCUUGAGUUAAAGAUGGUUGAAGCAAUGAAAAAAAGGUCAUUGAAGGGGACUUCCAUGAAAUCAUUCAACAGCAUCAUUAUGAAAUUUCCAAAAAUCGAUGAGAGCUUAAGAAAGUGCAAAACCAUCUUUGAGGAAUUUGAUGAAGAUUCCAAUGGUACUAUAGAUCGAGUAGAAAUGAAACAUUGUUUCCAGAAACUCGAAAUUGAUUUUUCAGAAGAGGAGAUCAAUGAUCUCUUUGAGGUAUGUGAUAUUAAUGAAGACAUGGGAAUGAAGUUCAACGAGUUCAUUGUCCUGCUCUGCCUUGUUUAUCUGCUCAAGGAACCGGCUGACUCAACGGUGGUUCAAGGAAAAUAUCAACUGGGCUUUCCAGAUCUUCAAGCAACUUUUGAAACUUUGGUUAAUGCUUUUGUAUUCUUGGAUAAGAACAGCGAUGGAUACGUUAGCAAGAGUGAGAUGGUACAAGCGAUUAAUGAGACUACUUCGGGUGAACGUUCUUCGGGACCAAUCGCAAUGAGAAGAUUUGAAGAGAUGGACUGGGAUAAAAAUGGAAUGGUCACCUUCAAGGAGUUUCUCUUUGCUUUUACUCGUUGGGUUGGGAUUGACGAAAAUGAAGAUGAUGAAGACGAAGAAUGAGCUCCUUGAAUCCUGCUGUUUCUUUUUUACGUUUGCAAAGGUUUGCAGGUGUGGCCCUUGAAGUACGGGGGAAAAAACCUAAGUAUGAUAUCCCAAAGAAGGUAAUGCAUCUUUGUUUUGAAAUAAUGGCAAUUUGGGACUCAAAAUUCUGACAUCCUGUAACAUUGGUGGAUAUAUAUCAUGUAUAUAGACUGGAAAUUCUUGAUGUCAGUAGUAGUUCAUGUGUUUGCCGUCCUUAAUUCCUCUUCUGGAGGGUGCAUUGCUUUUGGCUUGAAUUUAUAAAUAUUUUAGAAUUUGCUUUAA